AUUCCAAAAAAUAUUCUUGAUUGGAGAAUAUUCACCUUCGCCCCUGACAGCUCCAUCAGUCCCUCACGUUAUUGUCCCCCUGUUCGCCCCCUCCGUCGCUCCGAAAAUACAAAAAAAUGAAAUAUACGGUAUGAAGUGAGUGACAUUGCCGUCACACCCACGAGACAUACGAAUUUUGCAUUGGGAAUCACAAUCGACAGGCGCGGGCGUUAAAUUUCGGGUGAAUUUAUCGAGUCCACUAAAAAAAAGUCCUUAAAAAAACCGAAGCGAUGGACAGAUCCGUCUGAAACAAGGAAAACAUCGACGGAACUGUCCGCUAACGUCAUUUCAGUUGUUCUCAUGGAAAUGUUUGCAAUGCAUUGACGAUAAAAAAGAAAUUUCUUUCCUCCAAUUUUGAUAUUUUUUUUUAUUCCACUAUUUUCCACCAUUGUUUGGAGGGGUGAGCGGAAGGGUGGGUGAGAAUGAAACGUGGUGUGCAGAGUGUCGCCAGGACGAUUAAUCUGGCCCAACCGAAGACCUGUGCUCGCCCGAUUAAGCUCGAGAAACUAGUGAAUGAGGAGCAAUUAAAUAGUUGUGUCAAGGGUGGUGCAUACGCUUGCAAUUCACCCCGGCCUGUCACUGUGAGGGUCUGCACCAGAAGGGUUUACGAGUCUACAUGUGCUACGAAAAUGUCAGACUGUCCACCAGCUGCACCGGUUCAUCCCCCGCCCUCGCACCUCGUCACCGGUCUGAAGCUACUGAUGAAGGGGUCGAUAGUCGCGGGCCUCAUCUACUGGACGUCCGCCGAGGGGAUAUGGGGCGACUCCAGUCAGACCGAGAAUCUGUACUACCGGGCGAUGGCUACCGUUGCUCCAGCACUCCCAGACGUCCCCGGGAUCGAGCAACUGCCUCGCAUUGAUAAAAUGACCCAUAACGUUUACGAGGGGUACAAUCGUGCUGUCGUGACUCUCAUGCAUGUUUUAAUUACUGUACCUACGGUAAUGUCACAAAAAAUACGAGAUAUCGUGUGCCCAGAGGACGGGGAAAUGGAGGACGAUGAUGGAAAGAAAUAAAUUGAGGAAUAAAAUGAUUUUGUUGUUUGGUUUAACGGGGGGUUUUAAAAAAUUCUAUUUAAUCUCUCGGGGAUUUCUUGAAAAAUGGGUUUAGGAGACACCAACGAGCGUUUCCUCGUUUGUUAACAUGAUUUUCCCGUGAAUUUCUGACUCAAUAAUAAUCAAUUCUAACAAAUAGGCAAAGACCCUUUACGGGUUUAAGGGCCUCAGAGGGAAAUUUCUAUAUUUGAUAUCAGUAGAGAAGUCUUUUUGUAGCUCAAAAACCUCACCACCAAAAAUAUCCCCUGACAUUCUCCCCUAAACCCACUAGUUUCCAAUUCCCAAUAAAUAUUCAAAGCACAGUAGCUGAUGGUAAAAGAUAUAUUUGCCACAUGUCCCACCUAUUUCGUUUUUAUCAUUUUAUUUUCAUCCACAAAACGUAUCCCCCUGCGAAAAAGAAACCCUACGGAAGAGGGAAGAUGUGAGAAGUACGACUCCUCGAGACAGGAGUACAAGGUGAAUGCCACACUGCGAGAUUAGAAUUCCUCACGAGUUUUAUUCAUUUUUUUUUUAUUCUUCUUCUCUCUCCACUUCUUCCACGGCAGCAAGAGCACUCUGGAGAUCUCCUAGGGGCUGCAUCUUAAACGAUUCUUACGACACGUCAACGUCUGGCUCAUCUUAUCUCCCUGUGUUACGUCCGGUGUUUCCACGAUCCCUUAUUUCCUAAGCAUAGAAAAUACAGGAUAAAAAGGAAGUGGAAAGGAACAAAACAUUGACGAGCGAGAGAAAAACAAUGGGAAACGGGAAACCCCCAUCAAACUGUCGAGUUGGCACCUCGGGAGGUAAUUUUCGUCAUAUCGUGAGGCCAUUCGGGAAAUUGAAAAUCAAAUCAAUGAAGAUUUGAUUCUGGAAAUGGACGGAGAGUGAUGAAUUGAUUGACGGCCUCCUGGGAAUUUGGAAUUAGUGGGAGAACGGACGAUUUUAA